GAGUCCACAGCCAGCCAAAACUCCUAAACAAACAUUUCUUUUUCUUUUGAAAAGUUAUUCAAAUACAUUUUUUUUUCUUUGAGUUAUUUUUUGUGCGUGUUUGUGUUAAGCCGAAAACUAAACAAAAUGCUGAAAUUUUUUCUUCCGUGUCUGGCGCUGUUGGCACUGAGCAGCGCGUUGAAAAUUCACGAGUACGAGCAUGAGGAGCACGCCAAGUACGAGCCGGAACAUGAGGAGACCGAGGUGCAUCAUGAGGUGGAUCACAAGCACGCCACAUCGCAUCAGAGCGUUAAAUUCCAUCACUAUCAUGCCGUGCCCGUCUACAUUAAGCACGAGGAUCAGCAUCUGGUCAAGAAGCCCAUCGAGAUUGGCGGCACCAAGCAGAAGUUGAAGAUAUUGCACCCCAAAACUGAACACAAUCACAAUCAUGGACUUGUGCUGGAGAACCACAGCGAGUCGCAUUUGCACGAGCAUGGACACUACGAGGAGCCAGUGCAUCAUUCCGAGCACUACGAGCAUUAUGCGCACCACGAAUAGGCGUAGCUGGGGCCCUUUUAGACCCAAUUCUCCCUAACCCAUUUUGCCAAAUAAUUUUUAAUAUUUUCUCAUAUCAGAUGAGAGUCUGUUUCUUAAAU